AGCCCUAUAAACCCCGCCACUGCAGGAUUUGGAGCUGGCGAGGCAACAAGCGCGUCUGACUGGCUGCGCAUGAGGAGUAACUUUCACUUUCAGCGCUGUUCAGUUCAUAAAAGCGGGAGCUGUAUGGAGAGCCCAUUCCAGAUGUGAAUUGCUCUCUCCAGCGCUCGGAACACAAUGAGGCUGCUCACCGAGGGAAAGAGCACUGCGAAGAUGCCAAGGGGCACGUUUCUAACUUAUUGGCGUCGGUGGAUUUUUAUUUUCUCACUCCAUCAAUUUUUAUUCGCCUCAUGGGUCCAGUCCGAUGGAAAUACUGUGAGAUACCAGACCAAAGAGGAGGACGCACCAGGUACGGUGAUCGGAAACCUUGCCAAGGACAUGUCCUUGACUUUGUCUCAUUCCUCAAAAAGCAAUUUCAGGAUGAUGAAACAAUUCAACGAUUCAUUCAUUAGGGUGAGGGAAAGCGACGGGCAACUCACUGUCGGAGAACGAAUUGACAGGGAGAGAAUCUGUAGGCACACCUCACAGUGCCUGAUUACUUUUGACGUGGUUAAUUUCUCCAAAGAUCGCUACAAAUUGAUUCACGUUGAGGUGGAAAUAAAGGACAUCAAUGACAACUCUCCAGAGUUCCCCAGCAAGGAAUCUAUAGUGGAAAUAUCCGAGAAUGCAGCUGUUGGGUCCCGCAUCCCCCUAGAUCCCGCUGUGGAUGCCGAUGUCGGGUCAAACUACAUACAAAGCUAUCAAAUAUCUGUAAACAGUCAUUUCACCAUUGAUGUGCUCCUGCGAGCGGAUGGGGUUAAAUAUGCGGAAUUGGUCCUAAUGAAAGAGCUAGACAGGGAGACUCAGUCCUCAUACAACGUGGAGCUGGUGGCCACAGACGGAGGGAACCCACACAGAUCAGGGUCAACCAAGAUAACGGUCAGAGUGACUGACUUUAAUGACAACAGUCCAGUUUUUGACCAGAACAGUUUCUCCGUCAGUCUCCCCGAGGACGCGCCGGCGGGCACUGUGAUCCUGGACCUGAACGCGGUUGAUGCUGAUGAGGGCUUGAACGGAGAGGUCGUCUACGGGUUCGGGAAACAGGUCUCGCACGAGUUCCGCGAAGUUUUCCAAGUGGAUAACAAAUCGGGUCGUCUGACACUGAGGAGCCCCGUGGAUUUUGAGCAAAAAAGCACCUACGAGCUGGACGUGCAGGCGACCGACCUGGGAGCCAACCCGACCCCGUCCGUCUGCAAAAUAAUCAUUCACGUCACAGACGUCAAUGACAAUGUCCCAGAAAUCAGCAUCACCCCGAUGACCUCCAUCUCGACAGGUGUUGCGCACAUCAGCGAGGCGGCGGACAGGGACAGUCUGGUGGCGCUGGUCAGCACCAUGGACAGAGACUCCGGCAUCAACAGCCAGGUCCACUGCACGCUGUACGGCCACGACCACUUCAGACUCCGCCAGGCUCACGAGGACAGCUACAUGAUAGUUACGGCCGCAGUUCUCGACAGGGAGAGGAUAAGCGAGUAUAACCUGACGGUCAUGGCUGAAGAUUUCGGGUCACCUCCGCUGAGAAAAAUCACACAGUACACCGUCAGGCUCAGCGACGAGAACGACAACGCCCCCCUGUUCGGGAAAGCUGUCUAUGAAGUUUCGGUGGUGGAAAAUAACGCCCCGGGGGCUUACAUCACCACCGUCGAAGCCAGCGACGCGGAUCUGGGCAACAAUGGGAAAAUUACUUACAGGCUGGCGGACGGCGUUAUCAUGGGAUCCCCCGUUAACACAUUUGUCUCUCUCAAUUCUGUGUCUGGCUCCAUAUAUGCACUAAGAAGUUUUAAUUAUGAAGUCAUGAAACAGCUAGACAUACACAUUCAAGCGAGCGACGGGGGGUCACCACAGCUGCAGAGCACGGCUAUCAUCAGAAUAAAAAUAGUUGAUCAGAAUGACAACCAGCCUUCUAUCAUAGAGCCACCCCUUUAUAAGGGUUCUGCUGAGGUUUUCCUGCCCAAAGAUGCACCUGCGGGUUAUGUGGUGACCCAGAUAAAGGCCACGGAUGGGGAUGAAGGCAUAAAUGCACAGCUGUCCUAUGAAAUCACCGAGGGGGGUCACCUGGGUUUCUCCAUAAACAAAGACACGGGGAAAGUGCACGUCAGCCGACAGCUGACAUACGAUCUCAACGACAAUGUCAAAGUCAUAGUGUCUGUAAGUGAUAAAGGAUCCCCCUCACUAACCUCCACAGCCGUGAUACUGUUCAGUUUCAUAGAAGGAACUGUGCCUAGUCUGCCUUCUUUAGCUCAAAAUGGCAGCGAGGAGCUAUUUGAAUGGGACAUGUCUAUAGCUAUAAUCAUCGUCCUGGCAGGGAGCUGCUCUCUCCUCCUGCUGGCUAUCAUUCUCAUCACUACCAUUUGCAGCCGCCGGAAAAAAGAGACAAGGGAGGGGGCGUUUGAUGAAAAAGAAGACAUACCAGAUGUGGAGAAAGUGGAAAGUGGUCAUAUUGAUUCAUUGAUUGCCAACCACAAAGGCAAAGCAUUUGAUGCUCAUUCAUAUCCGGAGGACCCUCCUUUGGCUAACAGCAACACAACAGAGGCAGGCUGUGAUGAGGCCAGACAGGCAGCGGGCAUGUUUGAGCCGAACAACAGGACAAUGGAGGGGAAGUUAAAGGGUUAUUCAACACUGCCAGGGUACGGGAAAGAGACACUGAGACCAAUAACAAUAUGGAAAGGGAAUUCAUUCACAACAAUCUCAGCAAGAGACCCCCACAUUAGCGGCAAGGACAGUGGAAAGGGAGACAGUGACUUCAAUGACAGUGAUUCUGACAUCAGUGGAGAUGUUCACAAGAAAGAGUCGCCACCAAUGAACAGUCUGUGGGCAUGUACAAGCGAGUGCAAAGUGUUGGGACACUCAGACCGAUGCUGGAGCCCGUCAGCUACAAGGCCCAACACGAGCAUGGCCUGUGGACCGCAUCUGUCAACGUUCUCUAAGACAGCAACGCUUCCCCGGGACGCCAGAAGAGAAAACUAUUACCCAGCUCACUUACCCAAAACCAGCGGUCUGCAAAGUGUGUAUGAAAAAGUUCAACACCAGGAAUUCGAUUAUAUUCUUGUUGGCCCACCAACACCAGCAAGGAUACAAGAGACUGAUGAAAUAUCCAUCCCAGAGUAUACAAACUCUUAAAAGCACUGUAAAUAAAGGACAUUUUGUCUUUGUACUGUACAGUACUUUCACCCUAAUUGACUAUUUGUUUGGUUAUUAAUGUGUUUUGUAGUGUGUUGUGUCUUUUGGCUCAUAUAAGACUGUUCAUUGUAUCAUGUGUAAUAUGCAAGAUUUUGUACAUUAAUGAUAUAUUUUUCAUAUUGAUUCAAUGUAAAGAAAAAUUUUAUUAUGAAUUUUUAAGAGCAUGUGUUACUGUUUAAGGGCAUGACUUAAAACAUUUAGGUUAAAAAGGGGCCUCUGCUGUGGAAAACAAUCAACAUGAAAUAUUACCAUGUCUGUGGUAGGUUUUAUCACAUCGAUGCAC